AUGUUAAUUAGAAAAAUGUAAUAAUUGCACCAGGUCAUGUUACUCAUAGCAACAAAUCAGCAAUCAGUGUUUACUGGUCAUUUGUAAUAAAGCAGAAUCAUUUCCAGCAUUAUCGAGUUAUCAAAUUUCCCAAUUUUUUGUAUUUCAGAUUAGUUUAGAAGAAGAUCCAGAUGAGUCAAUGGCUAAUCAAUCUGAAGUUCUUGAGUUUGUGCUCAUUGGGUUUCCAAGCCUCCCAAAGAAUUUCCAUAUUGUGGUAUCAUUGGUGAUGUUCCUCGUAUAUAUAACUUCGCUUGUCGCGAACGGCACGGUGAUCGGACUCAUUGUGGUAAAAGAGCAUCUCCACCAACCCAUGUACAUUGUCAUCGGAAACCUGGCCCUCUCCGACCUCUUGUUUGAUACAAUCACCACCCCCAAAAUCAUUGCCAAGUAUUGGUUUGGGGAUGGGAAUAUCUCUUUCUCUGGGUGUUUGUUUCAGUUGUUCUGUGUCCAUAGCUUGGGCUCAGUCGAUUCUUUCAUCCUCAUGCUGAUGGCCGCCGACCGCUACAUUGCAAUUCUCCAACCCCUCAGAUAUUUUGCAAUAAUAACUAAAAAACUGACCACAAUAUUCUGCAGUUGUUUUUGGGUCCUAAGUGUUGUGAUUGUAUCAGUGAUGACUUACAUGAUCCUUAAAUUGCCCUUUUGUGGUCCAAAUAAUAUCACUGGCUGUUUUUGUUCUAGUUCAGUGAUAUUUCCUUUGGCUUGUACGGAUGUCACGUAUGUUCGGCAAGUAAGUUUAAUCUUUGCGCUGAGUGUUCUCCUAAUACCAUUGGCUUUCAUCAUAUUGUCCUAUGCCCUCAUAGUCCUCACCAUCCACUCCAUGUUACACUCGGACAACUGGCAAAAGCUCUUUUACACCUGUACCACCCACCUAUUGGUCAUCUGCUUGUAUUACAUCCCUAGGGUCUUUAUGUAUUUGGCCAAUUAUGUCCGCUUGCUUUUCAAUGCUGAUAUAAAUGUCUUAAUUCUUUACAUGUAUACGUUUCUGCCACAUUUAGCCAACCCCAUCAUCUACUGCCUCAGGAACAAGGAAAUCAAAGUUAUCCUUGAAAACAUGAUGAAAAGGAAGAUUAGAUUUAAAGUUUAACAGCUAAUUGUAGAAUGAGCCAGGCAUGUUAUUUAAUUACUGUAAUUAUAGAAUAAAGUUUGUGUAAAAUGAACAUCU